UGCCGGCCCUGGCUGAUGCGGAUGAUGCCGUGCGCGGGGUUCAUCACCAACUCCAGCGUGUACGCGCCCGAGCCCUCCUGCUGCGGCGGCUUCAACUCGAUGUUCGCCUACGGCACGGUCACCUGCCUGUGCCACGUCGUGAACGGCGACGUCGGCCGGCUCCUGCCGGCGCCCAUGAUCCACGCGCGCAUGGUGGAGCUCUUCUCCGUGUGCGGCCACGACGUGCGCGUCGAGAUGCUUGCCGCGGCGUGCAACCUGACGGACGAUGUGCCGCCGAUAGACCUUCCAAGUCCUCCACCGUCGACGCCAUUGCCGCCGCCAGCGCUGUCGUCGUCGGUUAUGAUGGCCAUGACUAACUAGCAGCGACAACCGUCAAUUCUGUCGUCGGGAGGAUAAUAUAUAAUAGCAGUCGUUUGCUGAUUCUGUCAUCGGCAGAGCGUUUGCUGUCAGCUAUAGUUUGUGCGUGUCCUCUUCUGGGUAAAGUACUAUGUGAUGGGAGGGAUAAUUUUAUCUACUUAAACAGCAAGCUUGUUUUGUU